GAACUUUCCGAAUACGGGACCGGCGCGGACGGACGGACGACCCCGACCUUUCUGCGGAACUCAAGUACUCGCGUAUAAGUCUCUCCAUCAUGGCUGUUAAUCCCAACGAAGAUACGGAAUUCAACGAUGCCCUCCGCAAGUAUGGCAUCAUCCCUCCUAAAGAAACUACUCCCCCUACCCCUUCACCUCCGAGCUCUCCAAAGCUACAAGACGUGCUCGAUGAUCUCACUCCAGAGGAGCUCAAAGAAUUGGGCGAAGAGAUCACUGACGACGAUCUAGACCGCCAUAUCAAUUCAUAUCGGAGGCAGCGAUUAGCUCAGGAACGACUGCAGCAGAAACGCGCCCGCUUUGGGAGAGUCUAUCCAAUCGGACGCGAUGAUUAUACCAGGGAGGUCACUGAGGCUAGUAAGAUCGAUGAAGAAGGUGAUGAAGAAGAGAAAGGCACCGGCGUGAUCUGUUUCUUGUACAAGGAUGGAAUUCCUCACAGCGAUAGAACUUCUGGGCAUAUACACACUCUAGCAAGUCGAUAUCCGUACUCAAAAUUCGUGUCAAUCGUGGGCAACAAAUGCAUUGCGGACCUUCCAGAUUCUCGAAUUCCCAUGUUGAUUGUAUACCGCAAGGGGGAGAUACGGAAUCAACUGAUUGCAUGGGGUGCUGAUCGUGAAAGACAGCUUGAAGAACUCGAGGCACUUCUGAUUCUAUGUGGCGCUUUGGAUCUUCCCCGCGGGCCACUCGGCGAACGACGAGCGCCCGAUGGCGACGACUCUGAGGAAGAGGAUGAUGAUAUGUCUUCUCGUAUGCGGUCUGCUGCCACAAGUACCAAUGCUCGAGCACCCAAAAAUAUACGGGCGCAAAACGGGAAAGACGACUCGGACUCAGAAUUCGAAUUUGACUUGUAGUUUGCAACCAAAUGGGAAAAGAGUCAGGCCAGAUUAGUGUAGGGACAGAAUCGAUAUGCGGGAGAUAAACAGAUGUCGCACAUCAUGUAAGUAGCUAACCCGACCGCGGGAUCAGAUCUAUUUACACAUCCGGAUUAUGUCUGCAUACACGUAAGAAACGAGGACCAGGUCCAUAUGCUUCCUAUGGUUCGCCAUCCGCUUCCCCAUAGCUUCUCGCUCACUCUUCCCUUCGUUC